AUGAUCCACUUCACACCCAUUCAAAAACCAGGUGAAAGCGGAAGCUGCUAUGCGCUGGACGACCAGGGAGAUGUUGAUCCCACGCUCAUGGAAUCACCACCGGCCGACAUCGCUGGGAGGUUUCAGGCGGUGCAGAAGUCGGUUGAACGACUCGAGGAAAUGGGGCUCCUCUCUGCCAUAGACAUCGUGCUGAACCACUCUGCAGGCAGUGCGCCAUGGCUCUUGGAGCACCCGGAGUCCGGCUACAGUGCGCUGCUGCAUGCCACUGAAAGACCCUCGCUGUCCGUUGCAAUGGUGCUGGAGACACUAUCGUUACUGUUUGCUGCAGCUGGGGGAGCGGCUUAUGUCAAGGGCUCUGCAACCGUCUCCGACAGCCUUCAGGUUCUGGUGGGCUGGAAGAAACCGAAGCGACGCGUCGCCUGCAAGGACGGCGACCUCCCUUUCGUGGAUGCCGGCUCCCCCGCUGUUCGCUGUUUCGGUCCUGGCCGCGAGCGCUGCGGCGAGGUCCGAUACUUGGCCCUCUUCACAGACCAGCUGCUGUUAAACGCGACUCCAGGGCCGCCGGAAGAAACAAUCUCCAUUGCAGGUGCAGAGGUGACGCACCAGGCUGCAGUCCUGCUUGUGCAGCUCCCAGAGAAGGCAUUCUCGCUCUGGUUCGAAGAUGCAGAGGAAGCGGAGUACUGGGCCGAGAGUCUGGGAUUUGCUGCAGGCGCUGCUGCCCCGUCGGAGGAGGAGCAGCUGAAGCUGGAAGGGAUGCACAGUUCGAAGGUACAGGAGCUGGAAAACCGCGUCGCGGCUGCCUUGCGGGCAGCUUACGACCGAUCAGCCCGCAUCAAGGAGCUUGAAGAUACUAUCGAGUCGGGCAAGGACCGCGAGAUUCGCAUCCAGCAGCUUGAAGAAGUUCUGCACGACACCCUCGAGGAGGCCGAGGCACGAGCCGAGCGCAUCGAGGCUCUGGAGUGGCAGCUUGACUCAAAGGAUGGGGUCUCGGAUCCGGUCGCAACUGCCCUGCUGCAGGACGCGAUGGACUUCGCAGAUGAACUCCUCGAGCAGCACUCCGACAUGUGGACAGAAGACGACAGCGCAGCCCAACUCAGAGAAGCUGUGCAG